AUGGGCGACAUUUUCGCCAAAUUGGCGUCAUAUUCCGGCGUCAGAAAAUCGCUGUCGUCGCAGCGUGUCAGAGAGAAGGUCAGCUUUGACCAGGAACUCGCCAUCGCAGACAGUCACGGCGACGCCGUCGAGGGAGCCACUUGCCUGGUCACCUUCGAUGAGCUCCGCACACUUAGAGAAAACAGUGAUAAUUUGACGUGGCUAAUAGAUUCGCUUCAUUGUCGUUUGAAGCUCUCUUCGCCGUCGCCUGUCCAAGCCAGCGUCAUCCCUUUAGCGCUCAAGGGGGAGGAUGUGUUUGCCGUAGCGCCUACGGGUUCAGGCAAGACGCUGGCCUACCUAAUACCCAUCCUUCUGCAGCACAAGAAACAGAAAGCAAUACAAAGCCUCGUCUUAGUGCCAACUGUCGAGUUGGUGAAUCAGGUCACUCGCGAGUUGGUAUAUUUAAUCGGAGAUAACGAUGUGGGCAUCCUUCCACUAGACCCGAAAUGCAGUCAGUUGGACAAAGAAAUUUGCAUAUCCACUCCCGCAACGAUGUUAUCAGUGCUAAAGAAACGCAAAGAUGUAUUGUCUAAACUGGAGCUGCUGGUGGUUGACGAGGCCGAUGUGCUUUUUGACGGCGGCUACGCACGCCACUUCGACAGCAUCCUAGCAUCCCUUGUAGAGGUCAGAGGACUUAGAAAGAUGCUAUUCAGCUCCACAAUGCAACAGCAAGUACUGGAUCUUGCUGCGAGCUUUAUGCCUAGCGCAGUACAUGUAUCGGUGGGCCAGAGCACAAUGGCAUGUAAGAACGUCCGUCAGGAGCUCAUUUGCGUCACAAACGAAAACGGGAAAGUACCGGCGCUGAGGCAGCUCAUUCGUGAAGGUCGAGUGGACCUGCCUUGUCUGGUGUUUUUGCAAAGCGUGGAGCGGGUUGGGCGUGUAUACAGUCAGCUGAAGGACGAUAACUUGCUCGUCGAUCGCCUGACCGGUCGCCUCGCACCUGCCGAGCGGGAAGAACUGAUAAAUAAGUUCCGGCUAUCGAAGAUUUGGGUUUUGCUUUGCACCAACAUAUUGGCACGUGGUUUGGACUUCCGAGGUAUCGGGAGUGUGGUGAACUUCGACAUACCGCUUACCGCGCAGGACUACGUCAACCGGAUAGGGAGGUCAGGCAGAGGCGAAACAAGCGGCAGUGCGAUAACUUUGUUUACGAUGGACGACGUGAAUAUAAUGGGGCCCGUGAUAGACAUUAUGCGCCGUUGCAACCAGGAGGUGCCUGAGUAUCUCUUGCGCUGCGAACAGAAGAAGGCGAACGUGAAGCGCCCUCCAAACCGCCAGAGCGACGUGUCGCAAAGAAAGCGCCAUAAACAUAGAUGUGCUAAGGUAAAUGGCAAGAACGUGGCGAACUCAAAUGGGAAACAAGUCAUAAAGCAGGAACCAUAA